AUGACCGAUUCCACAAAUAAUCAAAUUUUGGGUUCCAGAUUUUCGGAUCUAUUUGGGUCGGGUCUAGACCCGUGUACAUCGUCUACAACAGUUUGCGCACCCGCACGCAGUCAUCAGUCCUCAACCCUCAAAAUGAACCAUAGCUGUACCCUGUUCCUUACUCCCUCCACUAUUUGCUCCAAUUUCGCACCCAAAUUCAAUGGCCUCAACACUUUCAAGAUUCUCACCAACACAAGGAAAUCAUCCAAAAUAAGCUGCUCUGGCGCCGACAAUUCUCAAAAUCAACAGCAACAACUCAAUCUAUCUGUUCUUCGCUUCACGUUAGGAAUUCCUGGAUUGGAUGAAUCGUAUUUACCCAGAUGGAUUGGCUAUACAUUUGGAUCUCUUCUGAUUUUGAAUCACUUCCUGGGUUCGAAUUCAACCACCGUGACGCCGGCCCAGCUUAGAACGGAGAUACUUGGUCUUUCUUUGGCAGCAUUCUCCGUCAUGCUUCCCUACAUUGGGCAGUUGCUGAAGGGUGCUACUCCGGUGAUUCAAGCAAACAUCCCUGAAGGCGCUGAGCAAAUCUUUGCAAUGUCACCGCAUAUAUCUGAAACCAUGAAGGAGGAUUUAGCCUGGGGAUCCUACACACUAUUACGUAACACAAACACCAUUUCUGUGCUUAUAUCUAUCCAAGAUGUGAUAUGCGUACGUGGCUAUUGGAACACACCCAAAACCAUGAGCUUAUCAAAAGAACAAGCUGUUGAAUGGUUUAAGGAACAAAUACAACGUAUCGGCCUCUUUAAUCUGACAGAUACCCUUUAUUUUCCUCAAAGAUCAGAUUCUGAGCUCUGGGACAUGCUUCCUGAAGAGACACGUUCUGUAUUGGUUUUGCCUGUGCUUAAAGGGAACAACUCUAAAGACAAGAUUACAGGUUUUGAGGGAUUAAGAAGAGAAGUUUUUUUUGUAUCUGGGGAGUGUUUGGAUGUGUGUUUUGAAAGUGAUUAGCGGAUAAUCAGCUGUAAAAACAGUGUAUAGUAGGAUAUUAUACUUAUGUUAAGAUUGAAUGAAAUAAUAAAUAAAAGAGUAUACAAGUAAUGAAGUAGGUUAUGGAUGUAUGUGUAUGUGUGAAAAUGACAAAAUGGGAAGGGUUUGGCAUUAAAUUACUGAAAACGAUGGGAAGGGUUUGAAUCAAUAUCAAUACAUAUGAAAUGUAAAUUCCAUUGACAAAUUUUAUAAUAGAAUUAAGAGAUAAACGACUGUUAUAAUUUGUUUAGAUAAAAGCC